CUCUAUUUAAGUCGCUGCCUAAACUCGAUUGGACCUAUCGUAAUCCAGGGGAAACCAUUAUUUGGGAACUACUGUCUACGUAACAAUCCUAUCAUUAUAUUUCGACUAUAAGAAUCCCAAUUUUACCUUUAUAACAUCACGCAAUUAUGACAGCCUGGAAAAUCGAGCGCUGCACAGUGGCCGACGCCGCGGCACUGGCUCGUAAUAACAUGAGCGCCUUCUGGGAGGACCCAAAUUGGAAUUUGAUAUGGCCGAAGGAAACCACACGGGAAUUUCUGAUUGAAAAUGCUACAAAACGGUAUCCGCGCACCCUCGUAACCGACCGCGAGAAAAAGCGUCACGAGAAAGCCGUGGACCCGGUUACUGGAGAACUCGUUGGAUACGCGCGCUGGAUCUUGCCAUCCUCCCAUCUCACCACGAAAGAUGGUAGUCCGGAGUGGGCCGAGGCGCAGGUCCCGGAUGUCAGCGACGAGGAAAGGACCCGGUUCGAAGAGCUAGCUAAAUCGGCGCGGUGGAAUGCAAAAAAGGAAGUAGAUGGCAUGGACGACAAGAACGACGAGGUGAUGGACCGUCUCCUGGCGGAGGCGACUUAUAUCCAGCUCGAAUAUUUAGCUGUCCACCCUGACAAUAAAGGCAAGGGGAUAGCCAGCGCACUCGUUGAGAGCGGUAUCAGACACGCCGAGAAAAUCGGUGUCCCCUUAUUUACGAUGUCCUACAAGGCUGGCCGGGGCGUCUAUGCGCGACUUGGCUUCAAAGAAGUCGAAAGGGUGAUCCAGGAUGCCACGAAAUAUGGUGGGAAAGGAGAAUAUGGCGCUUAUUUCAUGAUUUACGACGUCCCCAAGAAGGCAUAAACAAGAGUAAAGGUUCGGGUAACUAGUGAAACGACUUGUACGAAAAUAAUGAGGAAUGACGGAAUUGCUCCCUAGAUUGCUACAUAACAGGUAUAUUAGUUCCAGA